AUGACGGAUCCAACUAAUGCCAUGUCCCAACAUUUCGAUGGAGUUCUCGUCGUUGGUGCCGGUCCAUCAGGCCUCAUACUUACCUAUGAACUCCUGCGCCGUCGGGUGCCGGUACGUCUGGUGGAAAAGCGCAAAGGACCUUCUCAUACAGCCCGUGCGAUGACGGUGCACGCCCGUUCGAUGGAGAUGUUCGACCAUAUGAGCAUUGGCCACCGAUUAAAGGAGGUUUGCCUCGAAUGUCCAGGAAACAGAUAUCAUUUCCCGGGCAUGCCUGACGAGCAGUGUCCCAAGACUGACUAUAGAGUUCUGCCGACGAGAUAUCCAUUCUACUACAAGAUCAGCCAAAACGACUUUGAGCAAGUAUUGAGGGAACAUCUGUUUGCGACACAUGGAAUGGCCCCGGAGUACCAGACCGAAGUUGUAGCACUGUCGAGUCCGGCAGACAUCGAGAUGGGUGGGAGGGUUAGGGCUACCAUCAAGUUGCCCAACGGUGAUUUCGAGGACACGACAUAUCCCUGGGUUGUCGGAUGCGACGGCGUCAAGAGCUUCGUGCGUGAUGUUGCCGGUAUUGCAUUCAAGGGAGAUGUCGUCGCCGCCAUGGCCAUGAUGGACGUGCCUCUGACGGGCGUGAACUUUGACGAUCGAUGGAUGAACUACUAUUUCACCAAGGACUUGUUCAUGAACGUGACACGUAUGCCUGGUGGAGUGUGGAGAAUCUACAUGAGCGAGCCCACAGGGGAGUACGUCUACAGGGACGACAAAAAGCAAUCGUUCCAGGAGGUCGCCGAUCAGAUCGGCAUCGGGUUCAAGCUAGGAGAACCGGAAUGGGCGACUUCAUGGGAGAUCAGGAACAACAUUGCCAGUCAUUAUCGCGAGGGCCGCUUGAUCAUCUGUGGAGACGCCAGUCACGUCCAUUCCCCAUCUGGGGGACAAGGGAUGAACGGCUGCAUGCAGGAUGCCUUCAAUCUUGGCUGGAAGCUGGCCGCCGUCUGGAAACGUCAAGCAAAAGCGGAGAUUCUUGAUACUUAUGAAAGAGAAAGAAAGCCCAUCGGGGAGCAGAUCAGUCGUGGUGCAAUGGCAACUCAUCAUAUUGUGAUGGGGUUUGGCGAAGAGCCCGAGAAGCGUUAUCCUUUAACGCAGGGGCCGAACUGGGAAGAGAAUACGAUCAGGCUGGUAUCAGGCCUCUCACACAACUACUGCGAAGUGGUUCGUGUUCCCGUUUUGCUUCGUCCUCCCAAAGGGCCGAGAGCAGGCGAGAGAGCCCCUGAUGCGCUUCUCAUAAAGUCUCCUCAGCGACAUCUCUAUGACAUUUUCCGCAGGCCACAAUUUACCCUCCUCAUUGUUCCCAGCAUGUCACGGAAACAUGAACAGUUGGUACAAGCCGUGGCCAUCCGAGACACGCUCAACGCACGAUUCCCUGGACACGUAUGUGUGCACCUCAUCUCCGACAAACGUGAAGUAGAGUUUGAUUUUGAUCGUCAAUCCAAGGACGAAACAGGCCAGUUUCUGGAUAUGUACGAGAUUGACCGCAAUGAUGAUGAUGGAAGGUUGGUGUUGGUGAGACCAGACCUUUAUGUUGGAAUGUCAUGCUGGAUGACUGAAUGGGAAGCCGUAUCGGACUAUCUCGAGCAGUGGUAUAUACCAGUUGCGGCCAAUGGGUGA